AUGACCGACGGACAUAGUUCCCCGGCCCACGAAGCAGCCCCCGCCUCAACUGGCGAUAAUACCGCUGCACCUGUGCCGGCCGAUGUGCGCGCCCAUGGCGACCACCAUACACCAAGCCACCCUCAGGGCCUGAAGGAGCAGGACUCCGCCGAGAGGCUUACCCCGCGACCGACAUUCAUGGAACAUUUGGUUGCCUCGCGCGACGCCCAGUUCCACCUGGACCGACGCGAUUCGAGCGAAUUGGACCGGUACUUUCACGGACCCCGUGACAUGGAAAAGCACUCGAAAUGGCCCAUUUUCAUGCGUAUGCACGGAAGUGUCACGCCGAAGAUGAUUCUCCCAAUGAUCUGGAUCGCCGGUUGGUCAACAGCCAUUACUUGCAUCUCGAAAUAUCUUCACGAUCUGAGUAUCGACAACAUCCUUCUCACCGUGCUGGGUUUCGUGGUGGGUUUGGCAUUGUCGUUCCGUAGUUCAACUGCCUACGAAAGAUGGGCCGACGGACGCAAGUACUGGUCUCAACUGAUCCAAACUUCGCGGAACCUCGCCCGUACGAUCUGGAUCAACACGGGCGAGCGCGAAGGUGAUUUGGGCAAGGAGGAUCUUUUGCGAAAGUUGUCUGCCAUGAACCUCAUUCUCUCCUUCGCUGUUUCUUUGAAGCACAAGCUUCGUUUCGAACCCGAUAUCGCAUAUGAGGACUUGGCCGGUCUUGCCGGCCACUUGGAUACGUUCGCCCGCGACGCUCAUGACCGUAGUGUUAUUACUCCUCGGAGGAAGUCUCUAUGGAAGUCUGCCGGCGAGUAUCUGGGCGUUUCAUUCGCCGAGUCCAACCCUCGCAAACUGAUCAAGCGUUCCAAGAAGCCCCUGGGACAUCUGCCGCUGGAGAUUCUUAACCACUUGUCUACUUAUAUCGAUUCUUGCGUGGCAAAUGGCACCUUAGUGUCCACUCUGCACCAAGGUCAAGCUAUCACCCUGAUGUCCACCCUCAACGAAAUUCUGACCGGCACCGAACGAGUUCUCGACACCCCUCUGCCAACCGCCUACUCCAUCGCCAUCGCUCAAAUCUCCUGGAUUUACGUCCUGGUUCUUCCCUUCCAGCUGUAUGGAGCUCUGAAGUGGGUUACCAUCCCAGCUUCGAUGGUUGCCGCGUAUAUCAUUCUCGGUCUGGCAACCAUCGGCAGCGAAAUAGAGAACCCCUUCGGCCAGGAUGUCAACGAUCUUCCUCUUGACACCUACUGCCGACAGAUCGCCAUCGAGUUGGACAUCAUUACAGCCACCCCGCGCCCCAACGUGGAUGACUUCAUGACGCGUGCCGAUAACUUGGUCUUAUUCCCGCUCAGCCAAAGUGGCUAUGAUGAGUGGAAAGACCGGUCUGUGGAAGAUAUCCGUGGAGCUCUUCGGGCAAAGGUGGUUGCCAGCCCAGCUGCUCUUGGAUCAGAUGGCUCGACUGUAGUGCCGAGUAUCACAACACAGACCAAGCAAUCUGUGUGA